GACGAGGGCAUGCAGGGCCACCCCAGGGCACAUCAGAGCAGCCGGGCCUUCAGGCGCUAGAGUGAGUUAGAAGUUGCUGACAUGCUAAUGAAAAGGCAAUGGAGGAAGCUGCGUGACAGACCCUGAGUUGCCAACUGAGGAGGGCUCACCGGGCAGAACUUUUCUCACCUGUGCAGCGGGCCAGGCCCUGCCCCUGCCCUGAGUUAGAACCCUCAGUCUGGGCAGCUGCAGAUGAACCAGGACAAAGCCUUCCUUCCAUGCAAGCUGGGGAGGGCUGAGCCCUGGUUCCUGAGCCUCGGGUCUCCAAAGGGCAGAGUGGAACAGGGGCUCAGCUCGGCUGCAGUUCUCUUCCCAGGACGGUUCCCCGAGCGGUGCCAGAGCAGGUGAGCUCUGGGCAGCAGACUUUGGCUCAGCAUGAGGGUGUGCCAGAGUCUUCAGGCAAUGAGGCUGGCUCAGGACGGAAUGAGCCGUCCAUCCCCAGAGGUGUCUGGGGACGGGCUAACUGCAGAGGCUGGUGGUCCCCUUCCAGGAAGGGGUGGAGAGGACAGUUGUGUGAGACAAGCCCUUUCAAUGGCCAGUCCUCCAGGCACUAAGGGAAAGGGGAUGUGAUUUAGCUGGUGGAGUCAGGGAAGGUUAUGUGGGAGACUAGCAUUUGGGCUGAACCUGGGAGCCAUUUCAGAGAACGCAAAUGUGACCAUGUGGCAAGGGACCUCAGAGACCCUCCCUGUGAGGCAGGACACACAGGAUCCUCACCAAUCCACAUGAGGCUCAGGGAGCUGGAGUCACUUGCCCAAGGUCACACAACUUGAAUUGUACAGUAGCUCUUAAAAGUUCAGAGGGUCCCUGGGGCAGGGCCUGUCUAGAAGCCAGUGGGUACAGCUGGGCAUCUUGAUUCAGGUCCAGAGUUAAUUAGUAACGAAAGGCCCUGCAACCAGCUCCCCGCUGGUUUGGGAGCCAAGCGAGUGGGUGACAGGUCGCUCCCGGCUGGGAAGGUUGUCCGGCAAGUCAGGACUGGGUUUCAGGUCAGACGGACCAUGCCGAGAGACAGGAGGGCAGAGCUGUGCCCAGGACUGCUCCCCAGGACCUGAGCUUGGACCCAGAGUUUUCAGGGGGAGGCGAUGUCCCUGAGGGAACAGAGGUCUCUGGUCUCAUCUUAAGCACUGCUGGAUCCCAUGUGACAUCAACAGCCCUCUGCUGCUGCUGGGAGUUCUGAGCUGGGCGCUGGGGCAGGGCCGGCGCCAGGCACAGACACUUCGGCCCUUGUUGGGAGAACAGAGAGAGGCUCUCUUGUCCACUGCCUGUCCUCCGGCUCCAACUGCUGGUUCCCUCCGGGGCAUCUCCUCAGGCUGUGCAGAACCCACCUGAUCACGGUUACAGAAUGGACUCUAGCCCGGCAGGCAGCCCCAGUCCUCAGCCCUCAAGGGCCAAUGGGAACGUCAACCUGGGGCCUUCAGCCAACCCAAAUGCCCGGCCCACCGACUUUGACUUCCUGAAAGUCAUUGGCAAAGGGAGCUACGGCAAGGUGCUACUGGCCAAGCGCAAGUCUGACGGGAUGUUCUACGCAGUGAAGGUGCUGCAGAAAAAGUCCAUCUUACAGAAGAAAGAGCAGAACCACAUCAUGGCGGAGCGCAGCGUGCUUCUGAAGAGCGUGCAGCACCCCUUCCUUGUGGGCCUACGCUACUCCUUCCAGACGCCCGAGAAGCUCUACUUUGUGCUCGACUAUGUCAACGGGGGAGAGCUCUUCUUCCACCUACAGCGGGAGCGCCGGUUCCUGGAGCCCCGGGCCCGGUUCUACGCCGCCGAGGUGGCCAGCGCCAUUGGCUACCUGCACUCCCUCAACAUCAUUUACAGGGACCUGAAACCAGAGAACAUUCUCUUGGACUGCCAGGGACAUGUGGUACUGACGGAUUUUGGCCUCUGCAAGGAGGGUGUAGAGCCCGAGGAGACCACAUCCACGUUCUGUGGCACCCCCGAGUACUUGGCUCCAGAAGUGCUCCGUAAAGAGCCUUAUGACCGGGCGGUGGACUGGUGGUGUUUGGGGGCAGUUCUCUACGAGAUGCUGCAAGGCCUGCCACCCUUCUACAGCCAAGACGUGUCCCAGAUGUAUGAGAAUAUUCUGUACCAGCCGCUACAGAUCCCAGGAGGCCAGACGGUGGCCGCCUGCGACCUCCUGCAAGGCCUUCUCCACAAGGACCAGAGGCAGCGGCUGGGCUCCAAAUCAGACUUUCUUGAGAUAAAGAACCAUGUAUUCUUCAGCCCCAUAAACUGGGAUGACCUGUACCACAAGAGGCUGACUCCACCCUUCAACCCAAAUGUGGCAGGACCUGCUGACUUGAAACACUUUGACCCAGAGUUCACCCAGGAAGUUGUGUCAAAGUCCAUUGGCUGCACUCCCGACACUGUGGCCAGCAGCUCUGGGGCCUCAAGUGCAUUCCUGGGAUUUUCCUAUGCACCAGAGGAUGAUGCCAUCUUGGACUACUAGAAGAGAAGCACUCGUGUAACCACUGAAGACAGCUGCUCCCUGCCCCAGGAAUAAUGGGGGAUGAAGCUGGAAGAUCAUGGAAAACACACCUACGACACUAACACAGACCUACUGGAGAUCUAAGCUGGGUCAGGAAGAGUUACCAUUACCCUUUGGCAUGUGCUGAGAACUUUGAAACACUCUGAUUUGAUUUCCAUCAUAGCAGUGUCUGUUAUUUGACAAGUGUGUGGAACAAGAUGUGGGAGUGGCCAAAAUUUCCCCAACUUCCCAAAGCAAAAAGCAACAGAGUGUAAUUGUUGGAAACAUGAUAGUACUGUCACAAGUAUACAACCCACUAUGGGUUGUGAAACACAUAAUGGUUCCAUGUGUUCUAAGACUGUAAAAUCACAAAAUUUUCACCAAGACAGAAAAUAAAAAUGUAG